AUGAGUGGUCACGACUCACCACUGCUGCCGCCCCUCCAUGUGCAUUUGCACCGCCUCAACCCGGCCAGCCACCCGUGCUCACCCCUAUGGACUGCUUAUCCCCAGGCAUCCCUCUUCACCCCUCUUAACCCCACCACGCCAGCUGAUUUUCCUUGGUCAGCCCAAGUGCGUACCAGCCAGUCCACGCACCUCCUCAACCCGGCCAGCCACCCGUGCUCACCACUGUGGGCUGCUGCUCACUCCCUCUGCCCUCUCUCCCCGCGCCUCUCCUCCCCUGUCCCUCUGCUUUUCCCAAUCCCACCAGCAUAUUUCUCUGGGUCAGCCCAAGUGCACGACAGCAACAGAGCACGCACCUCCCCAAUCCGGCCAGCCACCCGUGCCCACUCCCGUGGACUGCUGCUGCUCACUCCCACUGCCCUCUCUCCCCGUGUGGGACGAGUCUUUCAUCUCUCUGGGUCAGCCCAAUUCAUCUCUCUCGGUCAACCCAAGUGCGCGCCAGCAACAGACCACGCACCUCCCCAACCGGGCCACCCACCCGUGCUCACCCCUGUGAGCUGCUCACAGCAACACACGUUCCGCAACGCACUCUACAGCUUCUUUCCAGAGACCGGCCUGGGCGUGCGGAGUGCAGGGGGAGGGGGAGGUGGUAGGGGGGGCGGAGGGGAGGGCGGAGAGGGGGGCGGAGGGGAGGGCGGAGAGGGGGGCGGAGGGGGAGGUGGGGAAGGGUGGUUGCGGAGCCGUAGCGGGGUGGACUGGCGGUUUGGGCAGACGAUGCUGCAGACGUUGAACAACAGCGAGACCAACAUCGCACACUUCUCUCGUAAGUGGGGUGGGGUGGGGGUACCAUUGGUGGUGGGGGUACCAUUGGUGGUGGGGGUACCAUUGGUGGUGGGGGUACCAUUGGUGGUGGGGGUACCAUUGGUGGUGGGGGUACCAUUGGUGGUGGGGGUACCAUUGGUGGUGGGGGUACCAUUGGUGGUGGGGGUACCAUUGGUGGUGGGGGUACCAUUGGUGGUGGGGGUACCAUUGGUAGUGGGGGUACCAUUGGUGGUGGGGGUACCAUUGGUGGUGGGGGUACCAUUGGUGGUGGGGGUACCAUUGGUGGUGGGGGUACCAUUGGUGGUGGGGACAUGA